AUGACGGUCAAUGCUACUACGGCACAUACCGACACUUCGUCUUCAACCAACCCUCUGCAAAAGCUUGGACAUGCUCUGAAACCCUCAGCUAUAGCUACGAAACUUCAUUUGAAAAGCAGUGAUAAACAAAUUGAUGGAGAUACAGAUCAAGAUGGAUUACCUGAACAAGGCAAAGCUGCUCAACGAAGUGAACAGAAAAGACAAGAGAAAGAGGAGAAACAACUCAAGGCUGAAUCUGAAAAAGAAGAAAUUGAAAGACGUAGAAAAGAAUCGGAUCGAAUAGCAUCUCAAAAUGAAGAUCCUGAAACGAGAAAUCGUUAUGGUGAUUUAAGCCAUCCUGGAGAAAUCAUAUUGAUUGAUGAAAUUAUCACAUUGCCUGAAGGUGAAAGAGUCACGUUCAGAGCGAGGAUUCAUACUCAGCGAGAAUUAUCAUCAAAGUUAGACUUCAUCAUACUUCGUCAUAGAGGAUUCACCAUCCAAGGUGUAUUGAAUACCGAAGAAGCGAGUGAACAUAUGAUCAAAUGGACCAACAGAAUACCUGAUGAAUCAAUAGUACAAGUUUCGGGUAUAUUGAAAAAUCCACCUAAACCCAUAAAUUUCAAAACCGAUACACGAUUAGAAUUACAAAUUGAAUCUAUUCAUCUAGUUGAAGCAUCCAAAAAUAUCCCAUUUGGUUUAUAUCAUGGUACUCAACCACCUCCACAGAGAAAUAGGCUACAUAAUAGGACAUUGGACUUGAGACAUCCUUCAAAUCAAUCUAUAUUCAAAGUUCGUGCUAAACUGUUGAAAAUUUUCAGAGAUACAUUAGAUGACAUGGAUUUUAUUGAGAUUAAUACGCCGAAAUUACAACCUGCAGCGACUGAAUCAGGUGCAGAAGUGUUUAGAGUCAAUUAUUUCGGUAGGAAAGCUUUCUUAGCUCAAAGUCCUCAAUUGAUGAAACAGAUGGCUAUUUCUGCUGAUUUCGGAAGGGUUUAUGAGAUCGGCCCCGUUUUCAGAGCAGAGAACUCAAAUACCCAUCGACAUCUGACAGAAUAUACCGGUCUUGAUAUCGAACUGUCCCUGAAACAAGACUACCACGAAGUUUUCGAAGUUCUCGAUAUCAUCAUGAAGAACAUGUUCCGAGCUCUUGCCUCAAUGAAGACUGAAUUAGCUAGAAUCAGGGAAAUGUGGCAAAGUGAUGAUUUCGUUUUCCUUGAUCAAACUCCCAUUAUUCCGUUCUCAGAUGCUGUCCAGAUGCUUCGAGAUGAUGGAAGGGAUGUCGAAGAGGAGGAUUUGAGUACUCCGGAUGAAAUUCGUUUGGGUCAAUUAGUGAAAGAGAAGUACGGAGCAGAUUAUUACAUUGUCGAUCGGUUCCCUAAAUCCGCUCGACCAUUCUAUACAGCCAACGAUGGAAAGACCACCAACUCUUUCGACAUGUUCGUCAGAGGUCAAGAGAUCUGUACCGGUGGACAAAGAAUAAACGACCCUACUGCAUUAAGGGAAAGUAUGAGAGAAAGUGGAAUCAUCGAAAGUGAAAUGGAAGAAUAUCUGAGCGCAUUCGACUGGGGUAUGCCACCUCAUGGAGGUGCGGGUUUAGGAUUAGAACGAAUUAUAACAUUCUAUCUUGAUUUACCGGAUAUCAGAUUAGCUUCAUUAUUCCAUCGUGAUCCUAAAUCACUACCUGCUAAAGAAGCAUCCUUACCUCAUCCUGAAUCUGAUACGAUGAAACCACAUGAUCCGCAAAACCCACCACCCUUAGAAGAUCUCAUCGCAAAUUACGGAGAUGCUACCAAUACAUCUUGGUUGGAUGAUCGAUUCGAGAUCUGGAGAGAUGAACAUACAGGUGCAGCAAUUGGAUAUGUCAAACAAUCAAACAAGUAUUGUAUGAUAACAGGUGAUCCAUUAUGUGACGAUAAACAAAAGUCGGAAAUAACCAAAAGAUUCUUACAAUUCGUCGUACAUGAAUUAAGACUAAAACCUGUUUGGAUGUUGGUUUCAGAAGAAUUUCAAGAUAUUUUAGCUGAAAAUUACGGAUGGAGAACAUUGAGUUGUACGGAAGAACAAAGAUCAAAUUCCGAUAAAGUGACUCCUGAAGUCAUCCAAAAUAACAAACAAGAAAAAGGUAUUUUCAAAGUGAAAGAAAUUGACCCAGAUGAUGAAAUAAUUGCUAAAAUCGAUAAGAGAAUCGAAGAAUGGAAAUCAACAAGAUCAGAAAGAGGUAAACAAAUACAUUUAACUGAAAUCGCACCUUGGAAAGAUCAAAAACAUCGAAGGUAUUUCAUCGCUGAAACUGAUCCUAAAAAGCAUAAACCUACCGAGAACGGUGAUGAAAAUAUCCAUGUAGAUGGCCAUGUAAAAGAAGAUGGAGUAUCAGAAGAACCUAGAAUUGAAACAUUGGUAGUUUUGACUCGUUUAUCACCUAAAAAUGGAUAUCAGUUAAAAUGGGCCUUGGAUUUCCCAUCGUCAUCACAUGGAGCAAUUGAAUCAACGGUUCAAACUGCAUUAUCAGCAGUUCAAGGUGAAAACGUGACGUUUGGCUCAGCGGUAUCUGAGAAUUUCCUAGUUUCACACGGAAUAGGUAAUACGAAGUCCAAGAUAAUGGAGAGGACUUAUCGUGGGAUUGUGAAAUCGAUGAGUUUAGACAAGAAAGCUGGAUUUAGAGAAAAAUUCGGUGUGACCGGUGAAAGAACUUUUAUCUGUUAUCCUAAACACGGUAUCAAAAUGACUGAAUUGAAUGAAAUCGUCAAGUUCUUCGAGUAG